AGGAAAUUCCUAGUUUAGCCAAAGAUUUUGCUACAAUAUUGUAGUCAAAGAAGUGCUUCGGGGUGCAGGAUUAUAAUACGAUCUUCACAUGUUUUACAUGAUGUCUUUGUAACCAAGUAAUCAAAUUUUCUUUCCGUUAACAGAAUCAAUAAGGAAGCGCAAAAAUAUUAAAUGAUAUAUUAAAUGAUGCACUACUACAAUCAAUAUACCGCUGUCACAUGGGUCGUCGUCCCUUGCUACAUUCUGACGAUUAUCAUUGGCUUGUUUGGAAAUGCGGUUAUCUUACGAGCCUACUUUACCGACGCAUCAAUUCAGAAGCAAGCGUAUCAUCUCCUAUUGGCAAAUGGCGCAUUUACAGAUCUCGUAAUGUGUUGCGUGUUUACGCUCCUCCUGUUGAUAUACCGCGCUAACGAGCAUGCGCAUACGAUUGAGUUGUCCCCUUUAUGCGAACUAAGUGUAUUCAUUUCAACUUUAUGUAUCUCAAUACAAUAUAUAGUCUUCCCUUUGCUGAGUAUAAAUCGUCAUGAUAUAGCUUGCCGCCCUCUGUCACCAUGGUUGACCCACGAACAUUGCAAAAAGAUUCUGUUUGGUGCGUGGAGCGCAUGUGCAGUAGUGUCGUUCAUCCAAGCUGGUAUCGUAAACCUUCCAACAGACUCACCAAAGCUCUAUCGAUGUAUACUUGUAAGCCGAAAUUUAGAUCCAUUCACCGGCGUGUUUUUUGUGUAUUCUGUUUUACUGUACUGCGCAAGUAUUUUUGUUACAGUGCGAAGCUACAUUCACAUGUAUCGAAGGGUAUCUGCUGUGGAAUCCCUUCACAUAAUUCUGACAGAAGAUGAUAUUGGACGUACGAAAAUCUGCGUUGUUGUUGCGAUUGUGUACACCGUGUUUUGGACCCCAUUCCUCCUGGUACAGGUUUAUGGAAUCAUUGGCAAUUACACUGAAGUAGUCUUCAAUUUACACGCGUUGUCGUCGAUACUUGGUUUAAUGGCGUCAGCUGUCAGUCCCUAUUUGUACUGCAGCAUGGAUAAAUAUUACCGAAAAAGAUUCCUUGAGAUGUUCUGGUGUACACAGGACGACGAAGUUCAAUCAUAAUGAGAAACACUAUGGCAAAUACCCAGAUAUUAUUACAAACGCUAAUUUUAGUGUAGCAUCACAAAGAUAGAUAAACUGACUUAGAGCCACCUUUCAUAGGGUUGGAUCCUGAUGAUAAUUUCGUGUGUUUGUUCUGGCUUACAAUUAAUUUAAUAACAACUUAAAAGGUUUAUCGUAGUUGUAAUAUUUUGCAUUGGGACAUCAGCCUGGGUACACGUACACUGUCUCAAUUCAACGAAAAGAUGUAGUGGAUCAUGGAUGUACAUUUUAAGGCGGGACUAUAGGUUUCCUUAAGGGAAGACAUAUUCUGUCUUAAAAGUUUCACGACAUCACGGGUUUCUUCUUAUCAUUUUUCUAACCUUUUUCAGUCAUUUCAUGACUUAAGGUAAUGUUACACGAAACAACUUUCAACAUCAACUCGCAACGCAACGCAAGAAUAUUGUCAAUAAGCAAAAAUCUAAACAACAUGUAAUAUUAUACGAUUAUGUAACUGUUUUUUUCAAUAAUCAUAAUUUAAUAUAGAAAGCAUGCUGUAAGCAGUGAACUGGCCGCAAGUCAGGAAUUAUAGCAACUUUAGCAAAGAAUUAUAGUAGAGCUCGGUCAUAUAGGCGGGGCGCUGUAAAUUGUAAAACACAGCACUCUGGGUUGUGUUUUACAGCGCUCUGCGGCCCUGGUAUAGGUCAUUGGGUAUAGGUCAGCAUCCUAUGACCAGCAGACAAUUUCAAAAAAUAUAAAAAAACAUAAUCCGAUAAACAAAACAAAUUGCAAACUGAAGAUUCGAGUUAUA